AUGAAAUGUCCCUAUCUCCCGGCCUUUGUUGUUAUUAACAACGAGAACAAAGUUUAUGAAGAUAAAAUCAGACUAAGUGAUAGUUGUUCGGUGUUUCAGGCUGAAUUAAAAGCAAUCGAGAUGGCUGUUGAAUGGAUCUCAGUUAAUUGUGAAUCGAACAAGGUAUUGAUAAACACAGACAGUAGAUCAGCAAUUCACGCCCUCCAGAGGUUUCAAGAUACCAGUUUAACUGCAGUCAACAUAAAAACUACUAUACGGAAAUAUAAACUUAAUAUAAAAUUUCGUUGGGUGAAAGCCCACUCGGGCAUUGUUGGGAAUGAAAUCGCGGAUCGGGCGGCUAAGGAGGCUACACAUCUAGCGGAUAUAACUUAUAGCAAACUCCCUCUCUCGGGAGUAAAAUGUAAACGUAGAAGUGUCACCAUUUCGGAAUGGCAAGACAGGUGGACUAACUCCAGCAAAGGGAGACAUACAUUUUGGUUGUUACCGAAUCUCGAAGAACGAGUUAGAGACUUACACUGGAUUCCUACAAACCACAUUACCAGCCAAGUAUUAACUGGCCACGGUAAUUGCAACGCAUACUUACAGCGUAUUGGUAAAAAACAACAGUAG